AUGUGGCUCUUCCGGAACUGCGUUGCCGCUGUUGUGGCUGCCGAAGGGUUUCUGUGGCUACAGAACGACCCCCGGUUUUUUGUCCUUCCAGGAAACGGACAGGUUGCAAACCCUUGCGAUGGUAAACCAUGUGGCCCAGACGAAGCUGGUUCGUGCGUUAGCACGCCGUCUGGAUAUACUUGCGAGUGCGAACAAGGCUACGAUCUAGGCGUUGAAAAUGACCAGGUCACUUGCGUCGUGUCCCUAGUAAACGGUUUGGCGUCUGUACUAUCCUCAAGUAAGACUACAGCUUGCCGUUCUAACCCCUGUGGACCUACGGAAGCGGGCGUUUGCGAAGAUGCAACAAGCGGUUACAUUUGCCACUGUAAACCAGGUUACACUCCUGUCAACGGAAGAGGAGGGUUGACGUGCAAACAGAGCAGGACCCUUGAAUGGAGCCUUUGUGAGAAUAAUGCUUGUGGGCCAGCAAAUGCAGUACAAGAGUGCCGUCCAGUAGGGUAUUCAGGUCGUGUAUGUUUAUGCAAUGAAGGCUUCGAAGCGGUUAUGGAUGCCACUGCCGACAUCAAAUGUAAGCCUGCGUCCCCCCACCGUCACCGCCCUGACACGGGACCCGGCCGUGAUAGAGGAAUUACACCCACACCCGGGGAGUCCGGGGAAGGUGAAGAGGAUGGAAGCCGUGAGGACGAACCCGUGCCUGAAAGAGACAAUACAGACCGAACACCCCCGGCUAACGAUGGUACUCAACCAGAGGAAAAAAGCGGGGGAAAGAAAGAAGAAAGUAAAGGAUCUGCUGCAGCUAUUGCUGGGGGAGUUAUUGGAGGCCUCUUGCUGUUGGGCGCUGCCGGAGGGGGUGCUGCAUACAUGAUGAAAAGCAAAGGGAAUGAUGAAAGUGAGCAGGUAAAUUUCGAGACAGGUGAAGCGGGUGCUGAUAACACUGAUGAUGUCGAAGUGCUCGUUGAUAUGGAUAGCAAAACAUGGGAUUAA